AUGACAACCGACAACAGCAUUCACGAACAGGGAGACUCUUCUCAGAGAACCUCCUCAGACAGGCGCGAUGACGACAUUGAAGAGUAUGCCGACAUCAUCCCUGCGCGAUCCAAAACUGCUAAAGGAGUAGAUGAUCCAUCGCAACCAGGCUUGACAAAGCUUCCAUCAGGAGUCCUUAACUACCAAGACGAUCCAGUGGCCCGUCAUCAAUCCAACGUGGAAGUGCCUUACGAGAUCUACAACCGGUUUUCGAAAGACCGCAAGCGCAUUACUGUCGCCAUCAUUUCCUGGUGUGGUUUAUUGUCGCCAAUCUCUAGCACGGCGGUCUUGUCGGCGCUUCCUGAAGUCGCAGCCGAGUACAAGACCAGCGGAGACAUCAUUAGUCUCAGCAAUGCGUUAUACCUCGUCUUCAUGGCCAUUAGUCCCUGUUUUUGGGGACCAUUGAGCCAAGUAUACGGUCGAAAAUGGGUAAGCACUUACUUCAUUGUUCUGGGAUGCUCAAUCGGCACGGCACUCAGCCCCAACGUCCCCGCGUUCUUCGUAUUCCGCAUCCUCACUGCUUUUGCCGGAACAUCGUUCCUUGUCACUGGUCCUGCCGUGAUUGGCGACUUGUAUCAUCCUACAGAGCGUGCGACUGCGAUGGGUUGGUUCUUGUCCGGCACGCUCAUCGGACCGACGAUUGGCCCUGUUCUUGGUGGCAUCAUCGUGACCUACACGUCCUGGCGCGCCAUUUUCUGGCUCCAGACCGCCCUCGCCGGCGUUGGCGUCGGAGGUGCUGUAUUAUUCAUGCCAGAGACGCUGCAAGAACUCAAAAAGGCAGGUCUUGAAGGGCUUGCAUUCAGUAAAAAGGUCAGCGUGCUAUGGGGUAUGACGAACCCGGUCAGAGUUAUUCGACUGUUCAGGUUUCCAAACCUCAUCUUGGUGGCAAUCGCGAGUGGUUCGCUGGUAUGGAACAUGUACGGCAUGUUGACCCCGAUCCGAUACGUUCUCAACCCCCGGUUCUCUCUAACGUCCCCGGCGCAAUCGGGUCUAUUCUACCUGGCUCCAGGCUGCGGCUACCUCGCCGGUACACUCGUUGGUGGACGCUAUGCCGACUACACAGUCCGGCGCUGGAUAGCAGAACGACAUGGACGACGCAUUUCCGAAGACCGACUGCGCUCAUGUCUUCCCUUCUUGGGCGCUGUCUUACCGGGAUGUAUGCUCAUCUAUGGAUGGACUGUCCAGCAGCGCGUCGGCGGCAUUGCGGUCCCCGUCGUCUUCAUGUUCCUUGGAGGCGUAUCGCAGCUCUUCUGUUUCCCAAGUCUCAAUACUUACUGCUUGGAUGUGAUUCAGGGACGCAGCGCAGAGGUGAUUGCGGGCAACUUCAUGGUGAGAUAUCUGUUUGGUGCCGCUGGAUCGGCUGUUGUACUUCCAGCAAUCAAGGUGAUUGGGGUUGGAUGGUUCAGCACUAUUUCUACUGGCUUCUUAGUGAUUGGUGCUUUAUGCGUAUGGGCUGUUGCACUCUGGGGUAGAAGCUGGCGCCAUCGUAUUGAUGAUAAGACGAGACCAUCUUUACCAUGA